AUGAAGAGGAAGACUACCCGUCAGCCCCGGUCAAGACCGUCCUCCCGCAUGGCAGAGACCGAAACCAUAGAGCACGACGAUUUAUGUGCCAUCUGUCAUUGUCUGAUGCUCAGACCAGUGACGACAACGUGCAACCACACGCUCUGUGCAGAAUGUAUGAAAGUGUGGAGCGACAUUUCAAUCACGGAUCAAAGGCAAAUCGUCGGCCUGGAAGAUGUCCCCACGACAUGUCUUCCUAGCGAGAUGGAGAGCCGCUGCCCCAUGUGCAGAACCCUGACGACUGCCUCGCCAGACCGUACUCGUGAAGCUGCGCUGCGGCGAAAGUACAAACACUCUUACGCGGCAAGAGAGCUCGAAGCACAAAUAGUGUCGGAUGAGCAUAAUGCAGACACCAUCGAGACACUAACCCUAUACAUUGGGAAUACUCACCAUCUCGUCAAAGCUGAUCAGUCCGGCUCCAAGAACACGCAUAAUUGGAAGUUCUUUGUGCGUCCGUCAAGAACUGAUCUGAUCGAGGAGGUGCAAGUCUUCCUACACCCAACCUUUAGGAACCCACGGGUCAUACUGCAACUCCCGCCCUACGAGAUCCAUCGUUUGGGCUGGGGUUUCUUCACAAUUUAUGCCAAUGUAAUACUGAAAGCCGGCUACCGAUGGAUGAGCUCCGAGGCGGAAGACACGGCAGACGGACAGCGACAAGGUAAACUGCCUUUAGAGUGGACGCUCGACUUCAACUCUAACGCUGGCCGAGGUAGCCAGGGAAGAUGGCGACUCAAAGUCAAGAAGGAAAAGCAAGGCCAAGAAGUCGAGGACGCGGUGCAGCGCGAGUCCGUACUUCGUAUGUGGCGGCAGCAGAGAGAGCGGGACCCGGACUAUGUUGGGCACGAGAGCUCGUAA